UGGGAAGCGACAAUGCGAGCAGCGUGGUCUUCGAUAUUACUCCUAUUGUUCACGGGCACCGUCAUCUCAAAACGAUGGAUUCAUUCGGUUGCGGGACCGUACAGGAUGGUAUCCAGGCGAACUUAUGAUUGCAAUCGCGGAGAACUUGGAUAUGAUGGAACGACCUCUCAUCACAUGCGAUUUUCUCAUUACAACCCGUACAAACCAGAAGAACCACAGAGCGUAUACGGCAAUGUUACUCGGUCGAAACCGAUGAACGACUCAUUUUGGUACACGGUAAAUUUAGAUCUAUGGACGAACAACCAAUGGAAGUCAAAUGCUCUGAAGAUUCGUAUUAAAACAGGAGCCUGUACUUUCGAGCAUGAAAGUCAGCCGUCUUACUUCCUUUCCAGCGGAGGCUCCUUUCAAGACGGCAAAUGCACUAAACGUCAGGGUCAUUUUUUCUUAGACGGCAUGAAGAUAGACCAAACGAUGUUAGGAUUUCCUGUGCUACCGUACGGCCGGUACCGAUCACUUGAAAUGUAUGGACGUCCUGAAUCAGAUAUAGUACCAGAGUGCAUGUAUGAUGAAGUUGACAUCAUUCCAAAGGCUUAAAAGCGUCGCGCUAUGUCGUGCUUUACUUAAGAAAAAGUUUUGCAUUUCGGAAGCCACAUCCUUAUUCGGGGAUGAAAAAAGAAAUUUUUUGAAUCCACGGAGAAAUUACUUUAAUUCGACCCCUAAUUCGCCAUGCAUUUGAGGCCAGCUACUUUGAACGGAAGUAAUAUUAAUCCCUGCAAAUAA